AAGUAAUAAUUUCCCCUUUUUUCGGUGGUGACGAGUCGCUGUCCUUCCGUAUCGAGAUAUUUUCCCAUCCCAUACAGGAGAUGCCGCUUCGCCGACGAGCCUCUUCCAACCAAACAACUCGGUAGUUCUUUUCCUUUCCUGAUGUCCAUUUCGAUCAACAACAAUGAAACUCCUUCAGUUGCCCGUCCAUCUCUUCGCAAACGACGGAUAUCUGGGGUGGCGGCACCGGAGGCCACCGUGGAACAGGACGGUUUGGAAAAGAUAAAGCUAGCAACUACUGAUGAGUCGGACAUGGUUACGGACUCCGCAGGCGAGGACACGAGCUCCGAUGUUGAUGCUGGGUAUGUAGUUGGCAAACGGAAGGGUGUGGAAGAGGGGAAGAAGGGUGAAAGUGUGGUGAAAGGUGAGGAGGGAGAUGAUAAGUCUGGGAAAGGAGAUGGACCUUUGCCGGCUAAGUACGUCUAUAGGGCUUCGGCUCCGGCGCAUAAUAGAGUGAAGGAGAGUCCGUUGAGUUCGGCUGCUAUUUUUAAGCAGAGCCAUGCAGGUCUUUUCAAUCUUUGCAUAGUUGUUCUCAUUGCGGUAAAUAGCAGGCUAACUAUUGAGAACUUGAUGAAGUAUGGCUUACUGAUAAGAUCUGGAUUUUGGUUUAGUUCAAAGUCUUUGAAAGAUUGGCCCCUGUUCGUGUGCUGGCUUACUUUACCUGCUUUUCCUAUUGCUGCUUUUCUGAUUGAAAAGCUUGCAUGGAGGAAGCUUAUAUCUGAACCUGUGGUCGUUUCUCUACAUAUACUUAUCACGUCUUUGGAGAUAUUGUAUCCAGUUCUUGUCAUUCUGAAGUGUGAUUUGGAUAUUUUAUGGGGUCUUACAUUAAUGUUAAGCGCUUGCACUUUUUGGUUAAAGCUCGUUUCUUAUGCACACACUAAUUAUGAUUUAAGGCAUUUACAUUCAAAAGAUAAGGGUGAAAAAUCAUCUGAGCACCCUAACUUAGAUUACUCGUACGGUGUAAGCUUCAGAAGCCUGGUAUACUUCAUAAUGGCUCCCACACUUUGCUACCAGCUAAGCUACCCACGCAGUAUGUGCAUUAGAAGAGGCUGGUUGAUCUGUCAGUUUAUUCAGUUGGUCAUAUUUACUGGAUUCAUGGGAUUCAUAAUUGAGCAGUACGUCAACCCAAUUAUCAAGAACUCUGAGCACCCAUUAAAAGGAAAUUUCCUGAAUGCUAUUGAGAGAGUUCUGAGACUCUCGCUUCCAGUACUGUACGUGUGGCUUUGCAUGUUCUAUUGUUUUUUCCAUCUUUGGUUAAAUAUCCUUGGUGAGGUCCUUCGUUUUGGUGAUCGUGAGUUCUAUAAAGAUUGGUGGAAUGCAAAAACAAUUGAAGAGUACUGGAAAAUGUGGAACAUGCCUCUCAUUGUCAUGUUAAUCCCACGGCUACAAGGAGAGAUUUGUGGGAAGCCCGCCUUAAUCACGUUGAACACCUUCCGUAGAUGUGCAACUGAUUUAGGAAGACCUGUUCAUAAGUGGAUGGUUCGCCAUAUGUAUUUCCCUUGCAUAAGAAAUGGUCUGCCAAAGGGAGCUGCAAGCGUAGUUUCUUUUUUUGUUUCUGCAGUAUUUCAUGAGUUAUGCGUUGGUGUGCCAUGCCAUAUUUUUACUUUGUGGGCUUUCAUGGGGAUAAUGCUUCAGGUUCCCAUGAGUACGUUGACACGGUACCUCCAAGAUAAAUUCAAAAGUUCGAUGGUGGGAAAUAUGAUCUUCUGGUUUUUCUUCUGCAUCUUUGGUCAGCCAAUGUGCGUUCUCCUCUACUACCAUGAGAUGAUGAACAGAAAUAUUAUAACUCAGUAAAUUCAUCGCCUGAAAGUAAAGCAAUCAUCUUCCUAUGUUGUAUACGCCAAGCAUGGUAAAAUUCAUUUUAUGUUGAAUUGUAAUCUGAGUAUUUUCUGUGUGAUUUAGGCUAUUGCUUGGUGAAAUAAAACACAAGUAUAAACUUGGUGAAGAGCAUCUCGAAAGAGGAUUGUUUGUAGUAUAAGCUGCUUGAUUACCAUAUAAUACAGAUGCUAAACCUUUCGCUGUGUUUUCGACUAUAGAAGUCUUCAAUUUGGUUACUUUUAGCUGUCACUGCUGUUCAAAUCCAACGCAAUUGCACCACUGACUUUGUUUCUAAGUAUUUAUCUGUGAACUUGCAAUUCCAUGAAAAAGAGUGUGCAACUGUGAACCUCCCAUAA